AUGGUCCACCCGAGAAUAGUACCAUGGCCUGAUUCAGAAGAGUUGGUCGAGCUGAAAGAAUGGUUUUACGCGGAGAAGUUUAGUGGAAGAGCGAGCGACAUGGAUAUGCGCACCAGGGCGAUCCAGCGAGUCAAAUGUUACCAAAGCAAAGGAUCGCAGUACCUUCCGCAUGUAAUUGAUUCAACGGCCCAGAUUACCAGUGCAGUUUUGUUGGACGAGGAGAGACUGGCGAGAGGAAAAGACAGUAUGUUUGCAGUACGUUUGAGCUAUGCGAUGGCAUUGAUCCGGUUCGUAAAUGGACUGCUAGAUCCGACACAGCAGUCGCAAUUUGCCAUACCGCUGCACACGUUGGCGCAGAGAGUCGGGCUAUCCUCGUGGUUUGUCGAUUUGAGACAUUGGGGGACCCACGAGCGCGAACUUCCGAGCAUAGAUAUGCUUCGCAUGGCUGCUAGGGAAGCCCUGGAGUGGCUAUGGGAGCACUACUGGAAUGACGACGAGCUGCAGGAGGACGAAAAUAGUGCCAAUGAGGAAGAAUCGGAAGAAAACGAGGGAUUCAUCGCCGAGAUAAAGCGACUGGUCCAGGCAGGAGCAGCCCUCGAGGAAGCGCUCAUCGAGCACAGGUGGGUAUGGGAAGACGGCAACAAGAACCUGAUCAGCAGCACGAAUUUCGCUGUGGAAGACGGCAAGACAACCAACCAUAGGACACAGAGCACGUCUCCGCACCAGCGCAUACAUGGUUACGUCGGCGACUGUCGAGAGCACUGGAGGCGAAGCACCGAAAGGAAGCAAUUUGUCGAAAUAGCAUUCGAGAAGGGACGUCCAAUUCUCUUCGAACUUUUCAUGGCUAAGUUGGCUGGGUUCGAUUUGGAGGUGCUGCAAUGGGUAGCGCAGUCGUAUCGAGAACAGACUGCAGGCGGAAAGUCCACGCUGCUUAGACGGAAAUAUGCAAGCUGGACCGAGCUCAAGAGGAAGUACCUGAGGGGCUACGUGUCGAACCUUAACCUGCACAACUUAGCCGCGAACUGGAGCCAGUGGGAGGCUGUGAUCAACGAGCAUUCCUCGUUCCUCACACUCUGGAUAUGCGCAUCGCUACUCAAGAGGCUGCAAGACCAUAAAUGCCAGGCAAUUAGCAGAAAGAAGAGAAGGAAAAGGAAACAAACGGACAGUUUUAUCGAACUAGAGUCGAGAAUCACCGCUCUGGUCGAACGUCUCUCGAAAAGGUUCAGUAGCUCAGACGCCAAGCUCUACGAUCUGCCGCCGUCAGAACAUACUACCAACACUGCAAGCACUCAGCCUUCGAUGGCAGGCGCCAGCGAUAUUCUGAGCGAUUUGGCCGGUCUUCGACAAAGACUGGAGAAGCCCAGCACCUCCCGGGCACACGAGAUCAAGUUGUGGGACCCGCACCCGAACUGGGAGCCCCGGCCGUUCGGCAUACUAUAG